GCCACCGGAGGCUCACAUCAGUUGAAAGAUUGAACCCAUUGGGAAAACAAGACAAAAUGUGCAGAUUCGCGAGUAUCCUACUCGUCUUGGCACUGGCAGUCGCCACUGUCAAGGCCAUGCAAAGCCCAGAAAUCGAUCCGCAGACGAUCGACUGGACUAUUGUGCGAACCCUACGAGAGACGGACAAAUACCGUGCUCGAUUUGGAUUGGCCCCACUGAGUGAUGACGAAAUCCGUCAGUCUCGUAUCUCCGGAGGAACCAUCGCCACGCCUACGGACAUCCCAUGGGCCGCCGGAGUUCUGAUCCAUGGAGGCACUUCGGGACACAGCUUCUGCAGCGGAACUUUGAUUUCCGCUCGGUUCGUUAUGACUGCCGCCGAUUGUGUCGUUGGUGAAAGCAACAUUGCCAUUGCUUUGAACGCUGCCAACAUGGCUAACAUCGGAACGCUGAUCGCCGUUUCGCACGUGCUGAUUCACCCCAACUACAGUUCCUUCUUCAAUCGAGAUAAUCUCGCUAUUCUCACUCUGAAUCAGCCCGCUCCUGUCGAUGAUUCUACAAUUCGGCCAGUUCUGAUGCCACGUCGUUCGGAUUCGGGCUUAUCCUUCGUGGAUUGGUCAGCGACGACGGCCGGAUGGGGAAAUACAGGAAACCGUGACAAUGAGCCUAUUCCGACGCAGUUCCUGCAGUUCGCUACGGAUUCCGUUACUUCGAAUUUGGCGUGUCAGUUGUCGUACACCUGGGUCAGAAGUACGCAUAUCUGCGUUCAAACAAACAACGGUGGUCCAUGUGAUGGCGACGAAGGAGGUCCCGUUACGGUGCGUGAAGCAAAUCGCGUGUUCCUGAUUGGCAUCCACUCGUUCCACUUCAGCGGCAUUCGUGGGUGUGACCGUGGUCGUUCCGCCGUCCAUACCCGUAUCACCGAAUAUCUCGACUGGAUCGAACAAAACACUGACGUAGUUGUUCCAGCAUAGAUUGUGUUAUCUUGAACCAAUUGUUUUCCACCAAUAAACGAUUCCAAAAACGCAUUAAGUAUUGCAAUAUUUCAUGCUGGAAA